AUGAAAUCAAACAAUCUACCAGUUGACCAGAAACAGAGGAAAUUAACUCAGUUAGCAUCAACACACAACCAAUAUCAACCAUUUUCUUCUUAUUAUCUAUGGUAUCUAAUAGACAGAUUUCAUUUUAUCAUCGAUGAUAUUCAAUCAAUUUUAACAUUUACUAAAAACACUUGUUUUAAUGAAUUUGCGAAUGAAUUUAUGAACGAAAGACAAAAGGCUGAAUUAGAAGGAAAUAAAGGAAAAAGUUUAUUUUGCAAGAUUUCACUUAAUGGAUCAUAUGGUUACGAUGCAAUGAAUACACAAAAUUACACAAAGACUAAAAUAAUGAAUGCACAUAAGUCACGCGUUGCAUGUAUGUCAAAUAAGUUUAAAAACAUAAGAGAAAUAGGAGAGGAUACGUAUCAAGUGAUGCUCAAAGAUAGAUUUUAUAGAUGUGAUACAUGUUUACAAGAGGCAUUCUUCACUUUAGAUAAUGCUAAAUACUGGUAUUUGGUUUUCAUUUAUGAUUUUAUGUAUAAAUGCAUGGAUGUUAAUCGUUUUCAUUUCAUUGAAGGUGAUACUGAUUCAUCUUAUUGGGCAAUCGCUGGCGACCCAAAUCUUCCUAACACUCAAGCAUUUCAAGCAAUUGUAACCGAUAAACAAUUUUAUGAUAAAAACAUUUUCAAAUUCGCACCUUUUGAUUUCUUCUGUUUUGAUGAGAAAUUUAAACCUAAAUUAAAGAAUAAAGCUGAAGAAAAAGCACAUGAGAAGAAGUUAUUGGGUUUAGCAAUUGAGAAACAAGGUGAUAACAUGGUUGCUUUAUGUCCUAAGUGUUAUACAUCAUUCAACGGUUCAAUUGAUGGGGGUGAUUUUAAAAAGAUUGCACAAAAAAUGAAAGGUGUUAGUUUACGACAAAAUAAGCAAUUAACACCUAAAAAAUAUUUGGAUAUAAUAAAUGAUAAAGUGAUAUUUGAUGGUCAGAAUAUUAAUUUACAACUUAAAAACGGGUCAAUGACUCGCUUAACAAUUGGUAAGACUGCAUUAACAGGAGCACACACUAAGGCUGUAUGUUGUGAAAAUGGAUGUUGUAUGCCAUUUAUUUAA